CUUUUUCAAAGCUUCAAAACAAUCCCAAAGACUCACACUGUAAAGCAAAAGUUUGAGACCCAAAAAAAAAAAAAAUCCUCCAACCACCACAAACCUUCAGAAGCUCUCUCUCUCUCUCUCUCUCUGAGCUAAUACGGCGCUCCGGUGAGAGAUGAAUGCGGUGGGGAGACAGAUGUCGCGAUCCAAUUCGGCGAUGCAGCACCAGCGGCAGUACUCGGAGACCUUCUUCUCCGACGCGUCGUCGAAAUGGCUCCAAUCCUCCGGCCUAUCACAGGAUUUUGAGCUGUACGGGUCGAGAUUGAACCGGAAUAAUCAGAGGAGCGGGAAUGAGCGGUCGCCAGAGGCAUCGGCGACUCCGAUUGUGUCGCGGUCGUCGAGCAUGAGAAGGCUCGGCGAUGAUCGAGUUGAGUUUAGCCCUGGAUUGCUUGAUCUGCAUUCCUUUGAUACCGAGCUCUUACCUGAGAUGCAUGUUCGUGGUAAAAGUUUCGAUGACUCUGAUCCAUUUGUGUCGACCAACAAACUUACAAGCAGAUCACGAGGUCUGCCUGAGAAUAAUCUUCUCAAGAGUGUGUCGAUAGAUAAAGAAAGGGCCAACAGUGUUGCCAAGAUCAAAGUUGUGGUGCGCAAGAGGCCACUAAAUAAAAAGGAAAUUGCGAAGAAAGAGGAAGACAUCAUUACAAUAGAACCAAAUUCUAAUGCUCUCACGGUUCAUGAAACAAAACUUAAGGUUGACUUAACAGCAUAUGAGGAGAAGCAUGAAUUUGUUUUUGAUGCCGUUCUGGAUGAAGAUGUUUCAAAUGAUGAAGUAUACUUUGAAAGUGUGGAACCCAUAGUUCCGCUGAUUUUCCAACGAACAAAAGCAACUUGCUUUGCAUAUGGGCAAACAGGUAGUGGAAAGACUUAUACCAUGCAACCGCUGCCCAUUAAAGCAGCCCAAGAUAUCUUAAGACUAAUGCUGAAUUCCUAUCGAAACCAAGGCUUUCAGUUAUUCGUGAGUUUCUUCGAGAUAUAUGGAGGAAAACUUUUUGAUCUCCUAAAUGAUCGGAAGAAACUUUUCAUGAGGGAGGAUGGUAAACAGCAAGUGUGUAUCGUUGGGUUGCAAGAGUACAGGGUGUCAAAUGUUGAGACAGUCAAGGAGUUGAUUGAGAAGGGAAAUUCCACAAGAAGUACUGGUACAACUGGUGCAAAUGAAGAAUCUUCCCGAUCACAUGCGAUACUUCAGCUUUGUAUCAAGAGAUCAGCGGAUGGAAAUGAAUCAAAGCCUGCCAGACUUGUAGGAAAGCUGUCUUUCAUAGACCUUGCUGGAAGUGAACGCGGUGCAGAUACAACAGAUAAUGAUAAACAAACAAGAAUGGAAGGUGCUGAAAUUAAUAAAAGCUUACUUGCUCUAAAAGAAUGCAUUAGAGCUCUGGACAACGACCAAGGUCACAUUCCUUUCAGAGGGAGUAAACUCACCGAAGUUCUUAGAGAUUCAUUUGUAGGCGACUCACGCACAGUUAUGAUAUCAUGCAUUUCACCAAGCACAGGAUCAUGUGAACACACUCUUAACACACUAAGAUAUGCUGACAGGGUGAAGAGUUUGUCGAAAGGGAGCAGCUCCAGAAAGCAACAACUAUCUUCAUCUUCAAACCUUAGAGAGUCAACAGCAUUGCCUUUGUCUUCAUCUUUAUCAACUGAUACAACCUCUGAGGAUAACACGCUAUCUGUUCCUCAAGAAAAGAGCAGCUUUGGUUGGUCCAAACAGAUUGACCGAGAACCCUCCCCCCAGUACGUUGUGAAUCGCGUACCCAGUGGGAGGGCAGAAGGACGUUUGCCUGCAUCUGUAUAUUCAGAUUCUUACAAGGAUCAGAUAGGUGGUCAAAGUACCAGAGGCGAAGAUGACUUUGACUACUCUGAUCAGAUUUAUGAGAAAGAGAGACCAUCGUGGCCAAAUAGUAAGAAGGUACAAAGCUACCAGACAUCAGCUGUGGAGGAAAAGAGAAAGACUGGCAGUCAGGUGAAAUGGAGGGAUCAGCCUGAUUCUGAGGCUAUCAACUCUAAUUCCGAUGAUGAUCUAAUUGCUGUAUUGCAGGAAGAGGAUGACCUUGUGACCGCUCACCGAAGACAAGUAGAGCAGACAAUAGAUAUUGUUAGGGAGGAGAUGAAUUUGCUGGUUGAAGCAGAUCAACCAGGCAAUCGACUUGAUGAUUAUAUCUUCAAAUUGGAUGCAAUACUCUCUCAGAAGGCCGAAGGAAUUCAACAACUGCAGACACAGCUGGCUCAAUUCCAGAAGCAUCUAAAUGAGCACAAUGUCUUGGUAUCAUCUUCAAGUAAUUGAUAUAAUCUGGGAGAAAGAGAAGUCAAAAUUGGCAUGAAGAUUUCCUGAAGUAGUUGAUAUGAUGUUUCAUCGUUUUCCUUGCUUGAGUGUGCUUAUACAGAAAACUCCUCGUUCGAGUCACUAAACUGCUAUAAAGUAUGUAAACCCCUAUCUCAAAACGCCCGUUUGGGGUAGACGGCUAAAUCUUGUUUCUUUAUCUGUUAAACAUUUUUCUCAAGUCUUCUGAAUUGUAAUCUAUGAGCUAUGAGAACAAUACGCUCGUGUGUGCUUAUGUCCAUAUUUUGUAAAGGUCUGUGUAGCUGUGUAAUUUUAUCCAGUAUUGAUAUCCCUUGUAUCGGUUCCCUUAUUUAUAUAUUCUACUAUCAAAACUCUA